GUUCUUUUUCUUAACAAUGACGAACUGCCUCUAAACGAAAAAAUUAAUUCAUUAAGUUGUAUCUAUGACUACUUGAAAUCAGUGGAAAGAUGGCCUUUAUGUGUUGGUACUCAGAUUGACAGUAUAAAGUAUUCAAAACUUUGUAAAAAUGUGAUUGUUGGUGAUGACACUUAUAAAAGGAACCAAGCUAAUCCAAGAUGUAAACCUUGUCGAAUAUUACGAAAUCGAUUGCAGAGUCGAAAUUCUACUUCAAUUAAUUUGGAAACAACAAUGGCUAAAAAAAGACGUGCUUCAAAUUUAGUUAGGCAAUGCAAACGUUUAAAAAAAAUGGCAAACCUCCCAAUUUAUACAACUUCAAUGGCUACACAGUGCAUCACAAAUUGA